CGGCCUCAGGAUGCCAUGCCACAAUCAGCAACUGAACAAUGUGAACAGUGACCAGGAGCAUCCAAUGAAACAGGUACGGUUUGCAAACAACAACAACAGCAGUAGCAGCAGCAGCAGCAGCAGCAGCAGCGUGUCUCCAGUGCUGUCCAAUUCGGACCCAACUGAUGCCACCAAACACCAAGAUAACCUGGGACCUCAGCUUAAACUGCUCCCUCUGAACGACCAGAUCCGUGAAUUGCAGACCAUAAUCAGAGACAAGACAACCAGCAGAGGAGACUUUGUGUUUUGUGCUGAUCGACUGAUCCGAUUAGUAGUUGAAGAGGGUUUGAAUCAGCUCCCCUACUCAGAGUGCACUGUAACCACACCAACAGGGUACAAGUAUGAAGGUGUCAAGUUUGAAAGAGGCAACUGUGGAGUCAGUAUAAUGAGGAGUGGUGAGGCCAUGGAACAGGGACUCCGGGACUGCUGUCGCUCCAUCCGCAUCGGCAAGAUCCUCAUCCAGAGUGAUGAGGAGACACAGAAAGCCAAGGUCUACUAUGCCAAGUUCCCUCCAGAUGUAUACAGGAGAAAAGUGCUGCUCAUGUACCCCAUCCUUAGUACUGGGAACACUGUGAUUGAGGCAGUGAGAGUGUUGAUAGAGCACAGAGUCCAGCCCAGACAUAUUAUCCUUCUCAGCCUCUUCUCCACGCCUCAUGGAGCCAAAUCUAUAAUCCAGGAGUUCCCUGAUAUCACCAUCUUGACCACGGAGGUUCAUCCAGUUGCUCCAACACAUUUUGGACAGAGGUACUUCGGCACUGACUGAACGGAGGACAACCUGAGGAACAUGGAAUUGUUUUGAGUAUAUUUUGUCUUGUUUAUUUAAAUGCAUCUCAUGUUCUCCUCGUUGUGACAAAUACUGCUACUAUCUCCAAAUUUCCUUAACUCAGUACAAAAUGAGUCAUCUGAUUGAUUUGAUUUAUUGUUUUGUGCUGUGUAUUCUCAUGCUAAAGAAAGAAGACGACACUGAACCAUAUGAAGAGUUCAACUUGGAUCAUUUUAUUUGCAUGUUACAACUGGUGGAAAAUAAAGAAUUUAUAUUUGUUAAAAGACAGAAACUGUAUCAAUACUUUUGAUGGUUCAGAAAGUUUUGAAAAAGGGAUGCGCCUCAAUCACAUACCCCAAAGACUAUUCAAAAGGGACCAUACUGUGCUCUCGCAAUGUUGAACUCCAAUCUGCAAAUUGAGUAUAAUUAGUCAUCUUCUCAUGUUAUAAAUAACCUAUUAUUUGAUAAAAGCACAUUGCUUCAACCGUUUAUUUUAAGUAUCACUUGAUGGAACAAAAUAUACAGACACCAUAAUGAAUCAGUAAACUCAAUACGCAGGGGAAAAAAGCUGAAGAACAAUAAAUAGACGCAAGAUUACAUGAAACACUCGACAUCCACAUCUUUCCUAAUGUUUUAUACAUGCUUUCAAACAAUGAAUCAUACCUCAGAUAAAAGCAACACUUUGAAUUAAACAAUAAGUAUGUAUUUCUCAGAUUGAGCAACAUUUCUUUUGGCUUUCCCAACAGUAGAAAAACUGAUCUGAUGAAAGUUAAUUUCAUGAUCAAACAGCAUUACGGUUUGUUAAAAGACCUAACUGUUUACUGAUACAAAAUAAAUAUAUGUACUCCAUUCAAGACAUCGUUAUGAACAAAAGUACACUGGCUAAAUAAAAAGUGCAAACAACCAUUUCAUUGAUAUAAAAAAUGUCACACACACAUAUACACGCACACACAGAUAUGCACACAUUUAUAUAUAUAUAUACACAGACACACAUAUAUAUUUAUAUAUAUACAUACACACACACACAUCUAAGGUGUGCCCUUAUGAUAAAAGCUAAUUUCACUUUGCAUCAAAGUGUUACCAUUUUUGGGAUGCCUGAUAUGAUAUUCAAUGUUUCACCCUCCUGUCGCCUUCGGGUCAAUAUGACCCGAUUCAAUGUUUAACCCUCCUGUUACCUUUAUAUUUACUAACAUAUUUUACCCUUGAGGUCAAUAUGACCCCAGCUAUUAAAAUCUCCAGAAAAUUAUUAGAAUUAAUAUUGUUUUCCAAGUUUAAGUGUGAGGUACUUUAUGUUUGUUUGUUGACUCCCGAAAGAACACCGACAUUAAACAUUGAAUCGGGUCAAAUUGACCCGAAGGCGACAGGAGGGUUAAAUAUUGAAUCGGGUCAAAAUGACCCGAAGGCAACACAAGGGUUAAAUGUAUAUCACAGUUUUUCAUGUAUGCUCAUCCCAGACAGUAAAAUCUAACUUUUCACUGCAUUCAUUUUAAUAAGCAAUAUUUAAUAAAUUACAGGUAGAAAGCAGGGUCUCUGCAGAUACAGACAUGGCCACACACUUCCAAUAUAAUAAUAUGGUCAUCAUAAAUUAUGCUUAAAGGGAUUACUUUUAAUGAGUCUAUAGUAUUCAAGGAAAUUCCUGCAUAGUAUACCUUUAAUUUUGCUGUAAUACUCUUGUUGAGUAAUUCAUUUUUAAACAUAGUGAAGUGUAGCUGUGAACCAGAGCUACAAAUAUAUGCUGGUUCUGUUUUUAUUACUGUCACCGGACUGAUCAGACAUAGAUAAUAGCAUUUGGUCUCAAUAUUAAUGCUAAAAUAUAAGAGUUCCUGCCUUAAUAAGUGCCCAGAAUGUUGGCACCAUCUAUUCGCAAGCAGGGCGCUGCAUACAUUCUCAGGAGAAAUGGACUCACAAAAGACAAGAAUAAAUAUAUUAAUAAGGCGGUGGUUAAAUUAGGUAUUACAAUAUACUUAUGGUCGUUGAAAAAAGUAAGGUCCUAUGUUAAAAUGGUUAGAGACCCUCGAAGAGUCAAGAAAGCUGAAUCACUACAAGAGAUCUCUGGAGCACUACGUGCGUCAAUUUAGAGACACCACUCUUCAGAGAUAGUGGGUUGAAAGUGCAACACUGUAAACUCACAGCCCAACAAUGAAACAGAGGCAUAUCAAGUUGUACAGUGCCAGAUCAAAGCGUCCCAAUUAACAGUAAUAUAUAAUAUCACAGAGGCCGGAGCCUUGAGAUGAACAACCAGAGGAAUAUAAAGUAUGAAAAACCUGCAACUGGAUUGUUUUAUGUAUGUAUGUAUGUGUGUGUGUGUGUGUGUGUGUGUGUGUGUGUGUGUGUGUGUAUAUAUAUGUAUACACACACACACACAUACAUACGACAAUCCAAUUGCAGAUUUUAAAUCCACAAGUUUGGCAAUGAACAUCCAUAUGAUUUGGAAUGCUUUUGCCUAUGUGUGUUGUGUUAAUCCAUGUCCUCUGUAUGAGUGUCUGUUGUCCUUAAAUGAAGUAACUAUUCUUCCAUCUCUAUUGUAACAGAGGGGUCUUGGUUCUCAGCUGUGAAAAAAGACAAAAACAGAGCAAGUUCAUCAUGUUAUUUCAUCAGUCUUUGUUGAAACUGAUUCAGCCGUUCCAGAAGUUAACAUUAUGUUGAAUAUGACCACCAGGUGGAAGCAGAAUAGUACGGUGAGAAACAAAUUCUUGUGCAGAGGAGAUCAGUGCCUCCAGAUUACUGAACACAAACACAUUUGGGUUUUUGGUUUGUUUCACUGUCAGAAGUCUUUUUUGCUUCACGGCGACAAAUUGUGUUGCGUAACUGCUUCUGGUGACUUUAUACAGACAAGAGUUAUUGGUUUGGAGGUGUGUGCCCAGUACCGUCUGUGACGAUACAAAAGUGAGUAAAGGAAUGUUUAGGUUAUUAAGAUGAAACCAGAUCAACUGCUCAAGAAUGUUCUAUUAUGGUAAUGAUGGAAUUACAGAAAACUAGUGAGUCAUAAUAAUGAUUCUCAUGUUUUAUGUGAAGACAAGGGAAACAAUUUUGGUUUGGUAAUGCAAUAUUUACUGCAACUUAAUGACUUUGUUUUAUUAUUUUAACUAAAAGAUAUCACCAUGAAA